GGGGGGCUGAGGUGAGGGGAGAUCCCACCCGGUCCUACCGGCCCCCCCCUCCGCUUUUCUGCGUGAAAACACAGCGCUGAAGGCGCUGCGAAAGGCUGCGGCUGAGCUCUGCCCUAUUGCGCCUGCUGUAGAGAAAGCUACUCGAUUCGCAAUGAAGAGGGAGCACAGUUUCCAGGAGCAGCUUGUCCUGACGGAGCUGGGGAGGAACAAGCAGUCGAUGAAUUAAAGAUGGGUGGAAAAUGAACAAGGGAAAGUGCAACCAUCAGCUGGACGGGGGAAGAGAGGAUGGACCCGUAGACCCCCAGCCCUUGGAGACCCUGUCCCCUCUGCUCGCCUCGCAAGGACGGACCGUGACCGGUGGCAGCCGCGAUGAGAGCUCCGGCCCUCGGCUGAUGCCUGCCCUGGCGAUAAAGAUGAUCAACAAGUCCCGAGGGAAGAUACUCGGAGUGCUGGCACUGUUUCUGGUGAUGGUGUGGUACUCGAUAUACCGGGAAGACAGGUACAUACAGCUCUUUUAUUUCCCCAUGCAAGAAAACAAGACGGUGUGCCCUGUUGGCGAGGUGGAGAGGAAAGCGGCACAGCUCAUCGGGAACUACACGAGGGACCACCCGCUCUUCUUGCAGCUGAAGGACUACUUCUGGGUGAAGACGCCGUCACUCUAUGAGCUGCCCUACGGCACGAAGGGCAGCGAAGAUGUCCUCCUGCGCUUGCUGUCGGUCACCAGUUACUCGCUCCCCGAGAGCAUCCAGAGCCUGAAGUGCCGGAGGUGUGCGGUGGUGGGCAAUGGGCACCGGCUCCGCAACAGCUCCAUGGGGGAGACCAUCAACACGUACGACGUUGUGAUCAGGCUGAACAACGCCCCGGUCCACGGUUAUGAGCAGGACGUGGGCUCCAAGACCACCAUGCGCCUCUUCUACCCCGAGUCAGCCCACUUCAACCCCCGGACGGAGAACAACCCCGACACGCUGCUGGUCCUGGUGCCCUUCAAGCCCAUGGACUUCCAGUGGAUGGAGGCCAUCCUCAACGACAAGAAGAGGGUUCGAAAAGGGUUUUGGAAGCAGCCCCCACUGAUCUGGGAUGCCAACCCGGAGCAGGUGCGCAUUCUCAACCCAUACUACAUGGAAGUUACUGCUGCUAAGCUGCUCAACCUCCCCAUGAAGCAACCGCGGAAGGUCAAGCAGAAACCAACCACGGGGCUGUUGGCUAUCACCUUGGCUCUCCACUUCUGUGAUCUGGUGCAUAUUGCGGGCUUUGGGUACCCCGACUCGGCCAACAAGAAGCAGACCAUCCACUACUACGAGCAGAUCACGCUGAAGUCCAUGGCUGCUUCGGAGCACAACGUCUCGCACGAGGCCGUGGCCAUCAAGCGGAUGCUGGAGCUGGGCCUCGUCAAGAACCUCACCUACUUCUGAUGGCGCUGGGGCUGCGCAGGGACACGUCCCCGUCUCCCCCAACUUGCAGCCCCCCAGCGGUGGCCCUGGAGGAGCUGGGGGGGGGGGGCAGAGCAUCGUCACCACCACCCCUGGACGCUGGGAGCAGGGGGCAGGGGGCUGGGGCCGCGCUGGCUCGCGGGUCCCCGGGGGCGCAGGGAGCCCCUCAGCUCGUCCCCCAGCCAGGGAGGGGACGCACGUGGCACCACUGCCAAUGACUUUUCUUACAGAAACACUGAAGAUAACAAGGACCUGAGGGGGGAGGGAUGUUGGGGGUGGGUGGGGGGUGGGGAUGAGGGCACGGGACCUCCCUCCCAGCGGGACUGGGGGGCACACAGGAGCCCCUCUCUUUAAUUCCCUCGUAUUUGGACGAGGGCCCUGAGGAGGGGCUGAUGUGGGGGUCCUGGGGGGGGAGGGUCCCCUAUGUGCAGGAGCCUUUGGGGGCUGAGUUGCUGCCUCCUUCCUGCCCUGGGCACCCCAGUAUUUAAUUCCUUCCUCCCUUCCCCCUCCCAAUUUUUUAUUUUCUUUUUACAUGUUGGCCCAGCCCCGUGCCUUAGCGCUGGCGCGGGGGCUCAUCCCCGCAGCCCCCCACCCACGGUGCCUGGUGUCGGGGUCCAGGGUGGCCCGUGGUGGGGUGAGGGGACGGGAUGGGACACGGAGGUGACUCGGUAUGCAUUAAUUUAAUUAAUUUAAAAGAUUAUUUAUCGUGGGGCCUCCCCAGGUCCACUUCUCCCAGUGGCCUUGGGUGGGGUGGGGGGGUCAUUUGGCUCCAGGGGUGCCGGGAUCAGUAUUUGGGGGCUCCCCCCUCCUCCGGGGGUGCCUUUCCCCACCUUGCUUGCCGGGGCACCCCUGUCCCUGGUGAGGCCGGGUCCUGCAAACCCCUGGUUGUGGGGGGGGCACCCUGAGACCCAUGGACCUGGGGGUGCCGGGGGGCUCCUCCUGGCUCCUAAUAAAGGUCCUGGUGAGUCUGGG